AAGCAUAUUAACAGUACACACUGAACCGUUUUUUACUGCUUUUACCCUGAAUACGCACAGGUUGUCAGUCAAAAAAUCGAUUGUUCAGGAUACAGAUUGUUGUACACAGCGGUCUAACGCAGAGCGGCAGUUACACUCGAGUGGUCUGUUCCGAUAUCGACUGAGCAUCCUGUGUUUUUUCACUCUGACCGUUCCAGCAGUAUGGGGGAGUCCGUACCCAACGGUGAAUCUGACCUGGAACUGUACCAGACAAAAUUUGACCCCAAGACUUACCUUGGGUACUGUUACCAGUUCGCUGAGACCUCAGGGCAAAAGGACAACAGCCGGUUUGUGACAUUCGUGCUGUGUCAGCUUAGCAAGACCUUUUCAACCGGGAAGUUCAGGGGCCAACGUCUGAUCGAGGUUGGCACGGGCCCGACCAUCCACACUCUGAUCAGUGCGUGUGAGUACUUUGAGGAGAUCGUGGUGUCCGACUACGUGGACAGCAACCGGGAGGAGAUCGAGAGGUGGCUGACAGCCAAGGAUGGCUGCUUUGACUGGAACGCCCACAUCCAGUUUGUUUGCGACCUGGAGGGGAAACGGACGCCUGCUGUCGUGUCGGAGACCAUUCGUCAGAGGGUCAAACAGGUCCUGAAAUGUGACAUCUGUCUGGAGAACCCGUUUGCUCCGGUGACGGUGGAGCCGGCUGACUGCGUGGUGUCGUCCCUGUGCCUGGAGGCCGCCUGCAAGGACCGGGACUCCUACCGGCGCUCUUUGGGGGCCAUGGUGGGCCUGCUUGGGCCCCGCGGGGUCCUGGUGCUGAUCGGGGACCUGGAUGAGACCUUCUACACGGUGGGGGAGCAGAAGUUCCGGUGUGUGAGUCUCAGCCAGGAGUUCAUCCAGGAGACCCUGUCAGAGCUGGGCCUCACCGUGCUGGAGUUCACCCUGCAGCCGGCGCAGCACCGGGACCAGAACCACAAGUGUGACUACGAGGCCUCCUUUCACCUCAUCGCCAGGAAGAACGUAUGAACAGGGAGUCAGAUGGCUGAGUGGUUAGAGAAUCGGGCUAAUAAUCAGAACGUUGCCGGUUUGAUUCCCAG